UGUAACCUGCGGUAUAAUUUUACAUUAAUAGACAUUAUAAAAUGAAAAAAUAUAUAUUGAUUUUCGCAAUUAUUGGGCAUUAGUAAACUUUAAUUAUUGUAUAAUUUUCAACAUACGAAUUGCCAUAAUCGCUAAAAGAGUGAUCAAAGUGUCGUAUAACAACUGAAUUUGUAAAGUCGAGUUGUUUGUUUAAAAAAAAAAACGUUCAUUUUAAGAACAACUUGGUUUGCUGUUGUUUACGAUUAUUUUGUACAAGCAAGUGGUAAAAAAUGGUAGUGUUUAGCAAUUUUCUUGCACCGCAGGAAGGAAUACGCCAUAAAGAGCAAAAUACCACUGUGUCCAUUAAUGAUAGAGAGCUGGGGAAAGGAACUCUGUAUAUUACAGAGAGCUUGCUUUCUUGGGUGAACUAUGAUACACAACAAGGAUUUUCACUUGAAUAUCCUGAUAUAUCUUUACAUGGCAUAUUACGAGAUAAACUACAUCCAAGAAAAUGUUUAUAUAUUGUGGUCGAUGCAAAAGUAGACCUUCCAGAUGCACCUUUACCUCCAUCCUCUGGAAGUGGUUCCGAAAAUGAGGAUGAAGAUGCAGAUCCUAAUUUUACGGAAAUGAGAUUUGCUCCUGAUGAUACAAAUAACUUGGAUGCAAUGUUUCAAGCAAUGAAUCAGUGUCAGGCACUUUAUCCUGAUCCACAGGAUAGUUUUUCAGAUGCCGAAGAAGAUAUUUACGAAGACGCAGAGGAAGAUGAUUUUGAAAAUUAUGAAGCUGGUGCUGGCGAUGCUCCCUACAUUGUACCACCAGGUAUCAAUUACAAUGGCACAGAAGCAGACGAAGCUAUGGACAUAGAAGCAGGUCAAUUUGAAGAUGCGGAGGAAGAUCCAUAAAGAUGAUGACGUCAAAAUGCAGAUAUGCUUUUAGUAUUAAUUUAAAAUUACCAGUAUCAUAUAUUAUGGUAGAUAUGUGAUAUUAUGGCAAACUGUAUUAUAGAGCUGUAC